AUGACGACGCGAAUUGCUCCGGGCGUCGGAGCAAACCUUCUAGGCCAACACUCCGCCGAGAGGAACCAAGACGCCACCGCCUAUGUCGGCAACCUUGACCCCCAGGUCACUGAAGAAUUACUGUGGGAGUUAUUUGUCCAAGCAGGCCCUGUUGUUAAUGUGUACGUGCCUAAAGAUAGGGUUACCAAUCUUCAUCAAGGUUAUGGCUUUGUAGAAUUUCGAAGUGAAGAAGAUGCUGACUACGCAAUAAAAGUUCUGAACAUGAUUAAACUCUACGGGAAGCCAAUACGAGUGAAUAAGGCAUCACAAGAUAAGAAGAGCUUGGAUGUAGGAGCAAACCUUUUUAUUGGAAACCUCGACCCUGAUUUAGACGAGAAACUUCUACAUGACACUUUUAUGGCAUUUGGAGUCAUUGUCACCAAUCCCAAGAUAAUGAGAGAUCCUGAGACAGGGAACUCCCGUGGUUUUGGUUUCAUUAGCUAUGAUUCUUUUGAGGCAUCUGAUGCAGCUAUUGAGGCAAUGAAUGGCCAAUAUCUUUGCAACCGCCAGAUAACAGUGUCCUAUGCAUACAAGAAAGACACUAAGGGGGAGCGUCAUGGUACCCCAGCAGGUCAGACUUUGCUAUUCAUCAGAGUUCCUAUAAUGAGAGAUCCUGAGACAGGGAACUCCCGUGGUUUUGGUUUCAUUAGCUAUGAUUCUUUUGAGGCAUCUGAUGCAGCUAUUGAGGCAAUGAAUGGCCAAUAUCUUUGCAACCGCCAGAUAACAGUGUCCUAUGCAUACAAGAAAGACACUAAGGGGGAGCGUCAUGGUACCCCAGCAGAGAGAGUGUUGGCUGCCAGUAACCCCACCACUGUAAAGAGCAGGCCCCACACAUUGUUUGCCAGUGGACCUCCUACGCUUUCUAGUGUUCCUCAGGCCAAUGGUACCAUAGCUGCUCCAAUACCUCCACGGCCUUUUGCAAAUGGCGCUGUUCCUCCAGCUCCUAUUGCAGCAUUCCGUCCGCCUCCACAGGGUGGUGUCUUCCCACCGAUGCAGAUGUCUGCUCCUCCAUCUUGGCAUGGUCAGCCACAGCAACUGGGUCAUCCAAUGGGACCACCUUCUAUGCCACCCCCACCAUUUCAGCAGUUCAGGCCGCCUCCCCCGAACAUGCUUCCGCCACCACCACCACAAGCUGCUCAAGCUUUAAGUAGGCCUCUCCCACCACCAGCUGGAAUGACAGCUCCACCUGUUUGGAGGCCACCACCACCUCCUCAGCAGCUGACCGGAGGGAUGCCACAUAUGUCAAUGAUGCCACCUCCUCCACCCAAUGCACCCCCUCCACCGCCUCCUGCAUCUAGUUGA